AGCUGUGGAUGAAAUAGAAAGCGCUAUCCUCUCUCUUUUUCUCUUACAAAAACUAAACCAACUAAAGCAUUGAUUCUUUAACGGUAUUAACCAUUAUUGCACCAUGGAACUCUUCCUUCUUCCUUAUCACCAACACAAUCCAACUCUGCUCCACAGGCCUCCCUUCCCAGAACCCAUUACAAGCAAGAGACUCCUCAAGAGGAACUCACAUGUCUUACCAUGUCAAUGCUCAUUGCCCUCCUCAGAUGAUGCUGCAAAACCAACCUACCAGUCAUUACACUAUGAGGGAAGGAGGGCUUUGAUUGGUUCUCUUUUAACCUCAGCUGCUGGCUUGUAUGUGUGUGAUGUGGCUGAAGCUGUUAGCACAAGUAGGAGAGCUCUAAGAGGAGCGAAAAUACCCGAGAGUGAAUUUACAACCCUUCCCAAUGGUCUGAAGUACUAUGACUUGAAGGUUGGGAGUGGAGCUGAGGCAGUGACAGGAUCCCGGGUUGCAGUUCAUUAUGUUGCGAAGUGGAAGGGUAUCACUUUUAUGACAAGUAGACAAGGACUUGGUGUUGGAGGAGGAACGCCAUACGGAUUUGACGUUGGCCAAUCUGAGAGGGGAUCAGUCCUUAAAGGGUUAGAUCUUGGUGUAAAAGGCAUGAAGGUUGGAGGCCAGCGACUGCUAAUAGUUCCUCCCGAGCUAGCGUAUGGAAGCAAAGGAGUCCAGGAAAUCCCUCCAAAUGCAACCAUAGAGUUGGAUGUUGAAUUACUGGCCAUAAAGCAAAGCCCAUUUGGGUCUCCUGUAAAAAUUGUUGAAGGUUAAUGCAAAUGCAAUGAUGCUCUUCCUACCGCUCGUCGUGUUCUUUUGUUAAUGUAAAUGAGGAGAUUAGAAGCUCAAAAAUUGUGGAAAAAGAGAAGAUAUGUUUGCUGUUCUCUUCAUAGAAACCAUAAAGCUGUCUUUUUUGUUCUGAGACAUAAGUUUUCUAUGCAUGUGUCUGUGAUGAUUAAAUGAUUGAAUGAUCGGAUCGAUGAUUGCUUAUAAAAAUGACUUAUUUUUUGGGUCA